AUGCGAAAAGGGUAUAACGGGAAGGCUUUAAGGUUUACGAAUCCAAGCCCGACCAAGAAACGGGCUUCGAGUCGAAAAUCGUCAGAUAAAAAACGAAGGGUCGAUGGUUGUUUAGCAACGACGAAUGUAGGAACGAGCUCAUCAAAGUCGCAAAGAAACACCACUCGUAGAAGCAAGAGGCUUGAGAUCCGUAACACUGAAGAAAGAAGAAAAAAUGGGACCAUUUUUUCAUGGCUCAUAGAUUCGGAAAUAGUCCCAGAGGGUGCGACUGUCUACUACACGGGUCUCACGACUCAAGCGGGUUUCAAGAGAGGGACGUUAGAGCGAAACGGGAUUUUCUGCACUUGUUGUCGAUGCAUUUUCACGAUUCGGGAUUUCCAAUUGCACACGGGCGGCCGAGUUUGUGACAAUCCGUAUGAUGCGAUCGGAGUCGACGGAAUUCGAGGCGACGGUAGCAUUACUCCGCUUUCGCAAUGUAUGGAAUCCGCUUUGCAGAAUCGAAACGAACCGGAACACCACGGGGUCAAACACGUUAAGACCAAAGGAUCUGAUGGCGAUAUUUACGACGAUGCGUGCAUUCUAUGUGCCGAUGGCGGGAAUCUGAUCUGUUGUGAACAAUGUAAUUCGACGUUUCAUGCGAAAUGCUUAGGUAUGCAGGUGGUUCCUGAUGAACCAUAUUACUGUGCUUAUUGCGCUUGUAGAUUAUGUGGGAUGCCUGUUACCAACACGGAUUCUUCCUCUCUCACUUGUUCUUUAUGUGAAAAACAAUACCAUGUAAAGUGCUCAAAGGAGUCGGUAAGAAUCGAUGUCAAUCGAUUUCCAAGAGCAUUUUGUGCGAAAAGUUGCAGAAAGAUUCAUGAGAAGUUGGAAAGCAAGAUCGGAGUUCGAAGAGAACUUGUAGAUGGCUUAUCGUGGACUCUCCUACAUAGGUUCGAUAAAGAAUAUGGUUCUUAUGAAGUUGGCAUAUCCAAAAGACUUGAGUCCUAUUGCAAGCUUGCAGUUGCAUCCAGGAUAUUGACCGCUUGUUUCGAGCCUAUAAAAGAUCGACACACGAGGAUUAACAUGAUUCGAAACGUAGUGUACAAUUGCGGAUCGCAUUACCGACGGAUAAAUUUUUGCGGGUUCUUCACUGCAAUACUUGAAAAAGGGGAUGAAAUUAUUGGAGUGGCAUCCAUCAGAAUUCAUGGAAGUAAUCUUGCAGAGCUACCAUUUAUAGCAAUCGCUGAACCACACAGAAACAAGGGAAUGUGUGGCAAACUGUUGAAUGGGAUUGAAUCUGAUCUUGAAGAUUUUGGAGUAAGAAACGUGGUUAUCCCUUCCUCCUCCGAGACGAUUAAGGUCUGGAAUGAAAAGUACGGUUUUAAUCUCGUAAAAGAGGAAACAAAAAAAGAAAUCAUGAAACUGAACACCCUAAUGUUCCAUGAUUGUUUAAGAAUGCAGAAGACCAUCGUAGUACUCCCAGAAAGAAUUGAUUUAAACGCUGAGCCACCUCACGAGUACGACGAAGUAAUAGACAUGUAA